CCCUCUUUCCGUACCGCGGGGGCGGGGGCGGGGAGUCCAGAUCCGGAGGCAGAGCCGACAAACUUCCACAUUCAGAACAGAAAAAGUCAGGAAAACACGGUCCGCGCGCGCGUGACGCCUGUCCAACGCGUGUGAUCAGCGCGGCUUCGCGGAGCUUUUAGCGGGAUAGCAGUUCGCCGGAGUACCUGGGAAGUUGGUAGCACCGCCGCUGAGGCGCAGUGGGAGCUUUUGCUGCGAUGUGGAGCCAGUGAGUGGAUGUACAGGAUCGCUUACCACCCGGAUUUUUUUGAAUCAAAUCGGCCUGGUUUGUACUCCCGAGUUCCCCUGGAAGAUUGGAUUAAUAAAAGACACACACAGUUGGAGAAUGCCUGCGAAGACCAAAUACAACCUGGUGGAUGAUGGACACGACCUGAGGAUCCCGCUGCACAACGAGGAAGCGUUCCAGCAUGGAAUCAACUUCGAGGCAAAGUACAUCGGCAGUCUGGAUGUGACGCGGCCGAGCAGCCGGGUGGAGAUCGUGGCUGCGAUGAGACGAAUCCGGUACGAAUUCAAGGUGAAAAACAUCAAAAAGAAGAAAGUCAACAUUGUCGUGUCAGUCGAUGGCGUCAAGGUGACUUUGAGGAAAAAGAAAAAGAAGAAGGAGUGGACAUGGGAUGAAAGUAAGAUGAUUGUGAUGCAGGACCCAAUUUACAGGAUUUUCUACGUUUCCCAUGAUUCCCAGGAUCUGAAGAUCUUUAGUUACAUCGCCAGGGAUGGACAAAGCAAUGUUUUCCGCUGCAAUGUCUUUAAGUCCAAAAAGAAGAGUCAGGCCAUGCGCAUCGUUCGGACAGUGGGCCAGGCGUUCGAAGUCUGUCACAAACUGAGUCUGCAGCACACGCAGCAAAAUGCAGAUGGACAAGAGGACUUCAAAAAGAUUGGCAAUGACUCUUCCGUUCCAGGUGUGCGUGCUUAUCCACCUGUGUGUGUAUGUACUUUCUUCGGCUCAGAACGUGAGCUAACAGGUGCAGAAAAGACGCCGACCAUCACAGAGGAGACGGACAUCGAUGCAGAAGAGGUCAACCAGGUCCCCAUGGCAGAAGACCUAAACCCGGACAGGGGAGUGACGGACCUUGACGCCACCGCUACAACGCCAGAGCCCAACCACUCAGAAAACAAGCAGGUAUCAGAAGAGCCGUCUUUGCUGCUGAACAGCCCCAGGAUGCUGCUCCCGGCGUCGGGCACCCUCUCCCCAGGUGUCCCCUUAUCUGUCCACCACCAAAUCCAGCUCCUGCAGCAGGAGCUCCAGCAGCAGCAGCAGCAGACUCAAGUGGCUGUAGCCCAGGUCCAUCUCUUGAAGGACCAGCUGAGUGUGGAGGCUACGGCUCGGCUGGAGGCCCAGGCUCGAGUCCACCAGCUGCUGCUGCAGAACAGAGAUCUGCUGCAGCACAUCUCCCUGUUGGUUAAACAGAUCCAGGAGCUGGAGACUAAAAUCUCUGGACCAAACUUAAUGGGUUCACAGGACAGUUUGUUAGAAAUCACGUUCCGGUCCACGGUCCCUCCAGUGAUCUGUGAGCCGACCACACCUAAACCAGAGGUUUCUGCCAUCAAUCUGCAGGCGAUUAGCCCCAACGACGGGACCACCAACCCCUUCUCUUCUUCCAAUGGAACUCUGGGAAGCCCACUAGUUGAUCAGAGUAUGUUUGAGAACUCCGUUGCGCAGCAGCCGAGUCCUCGGAUCUCCAGGUCCGGUCUUCCCAGUGGUCGGCGCUCCUCGGCCAACUCCGCCGCCGGUUCUGGCAGCGCGGACUCCCCGUCCUCCGGGGGACAGCAGCGGCUUAAAAAUGCCAUUAACCUGGGCAAGGCGGUUGGAGCAAAGGUUAACGAUUUGCUGAGAAGAAAAGAACCGAGCCACCUCGGGGACAUCGGUGUGACCGAGGUCAACAAGAACGUGGCUGCAGCUUGGAGCAGCACAAGUCAGCUCAGCCACGCCGGUGCCGCCAACAGCCACAUCUCCUCCUUUGACUGCUUUCCUCGGCUGGACCCGCCCCCUCCUGGGAAAAAGCGGCACCCUCGAGCUCUGAAAACCACGCAGGACAUGAUGAUCUCCUCUGACCCCGUGGUUUCCUCACCGGAUGCCGCAGACACGCCCCCCUUCCUCCCUCCUUCUGAGAAGAUGACUCCCACCCCUAAAGAGGAGAUCAGGAAUGAGGAGCAGCAGCAGCUGGGGAAGGAGGAAGAGUCGACAGAUGUUGCGUCUUCAUCUGUUCCAGCAGAAGAUGAAGCCGAGAUGGAUCCAGGGACGGGGACCAGAGGCAGGGUGGAUGGAGUGACCGGAGGAGGGUCCAACGGUGCAGAAGAAGGGAGCGCAGCAGGAGACGCGGAGGAGCACCGGCAGCAGCCGCAGCUCUCCGUGCCAGACCUCAUCAACAAAGACCCACCCAUGGAGUCCAGGGCCAAAGCCUGCGACGUCUGGCAGAAGGCGUCCGGUCCGGACUGCAGGCUGGCCUCCACCCCGCGCUCCGACAAAACCCCCCGCCGCAUCAGCCUGGACGAGCAGGUGCUGCUGGGAAACGGCACCACCUGUGGCAAAGACAAUGGCUGUGAGGACGCGGAGCCUCACCCGGACCUGCUGUCGUUUGAGUGACAGGCGGAGCUGAGGACCUACGGCAGCUCAAAGAAACCUUAAGAUCAAAGACGGGGGACCAGACAAGAACUUUUUCACCAGGAGACUUCUAGGUUUGAUCUAAGGUCAGUCAGACACCGCAGCUGUUUUAAUUUUUUUAUUUUUAUGAAUGAAAACAGAAAAACGUGAGGGAAAAAGCUGCAGUAUGGAUUCUUCUGAUUAUGUAGCAAUGAAUGUAUUUCUGUGCAAGAUAUCCUUUAAAACACUCAAACUCUGAUUAUUGAAUAAUAUAUUUCAUCCACUUCAAGUGAUUUUUCAUCACUUUGGCAAUAAAUCCAGCAAAAGCUGCUGCAGUAAGACACUAAUAUAUGAUGACUAUCAAAAUCCUUUAUAUUUAGAGAACAUUAUUUAUGCGUUUGAGGUUUUCCUAGAGAGGUUAGGAAGAGAAGAAGCAAGUGUAAGGAUGAGCAACCAUGAAGGUGUUAAAGAUGGACUUUUACUCCACUCAGGAGCGGAUGUUAACAUUUAAGAGUCUGGUUUAAAUAUUCCUCCAAAAAGAUCCUUUUAUUGUGAUUUCACUCAAAGUUUGGGGGAAAGAGUGAGAUCAGCUUCCUGCUCUAGCUGAAAGCGACUCGUCGUUCUGGAGCAGGCAGACGAACGGACAGACGGUGGGACGUUGGAAAGGUAGAAGUAACGUUUGAGCCAAAGAGAGGAGAAAAAAUGAGCUGAGAAGGGCAAUUUUUUCCAAAACCACAGACCAAAGAGUGAAAUUAGCCACUUUUGAGACAGAGAAAAGAAAUAUUAUUAUUUGUAUAUUUUUACCUGAUGUAAACCAAAGUCAGUGCAUUUGAAACAUUUAGUUGCAGUUUUAUUAAUAUUUUUACACACAUGAUUUGUUUUUUAAAUGACAUACUUGCUAUCAUUGUUUGACGAAAACCACCUAGCCGACAGAACAGGACGUUUCUUAACUGUUUCUCCUCCGGGGACUUUUGUCUUUCCCCCCCCCCGAGUAAAAGAACAGGAAGUGGGCUCUUAAGAGAUGGCAGAUUGACCAAUACGUUUGUUUUAAAGGACUAAAAGUGAAUGACUAUUAACUUUACUGAGAGGAAUUCAUGAAUUUAAAACUGGUUUCUGCCACUUUGGAGCGCCAUCUACAGUCAAAAAAAGAGAAUGACCACUUAGUCAGGUGGAAAAACAGAUUUGUGUCAGAGAAGAUGGAUGAUUUGAAUAAAGGGAUCUGCUAGAAGACUGUAAAUAAAUAACAAAAUCCAGUUAAUAGGGGUUGAUUAGGCCGCUAUCACAGUGAAGACAGCAUCUGCUCACAUGCAGUGUCAGGUUAGCAUAUUUAUACAUUGAAGACCUAACAUUAGCUAUAAUUGUGUACAUUUUCACUCAUUGAUAUGGAAACAUAAGCUUGGAUCCUUUUAGGAACACGGAGGUUGUGGCUGUAGCUAGAAUGUAGCUGAAAAACCAUCAUUUUGUGAUCAUUAGAGCUCAGAAAAACAACACUUUUCUUAUCGAUCGUUGACAAAGGAGUAGCUUCUCUUUGAAUUUUUACAAACUGUCUCAUACUUUGUAAGAAAUGAAGGACAAAGAUGUUAUGUUUAUGUGUCAUUUAGCUGCUUCAUGCUUCUCUUUCUGUCGCUUUGGUGUAUUUUGACAGAAUUUCAGCAAUAAUGAAGGAAACUGCUGCUUUUGUGGGAAAACGACAUGGAUUCAAAUCUGGGACUUCCUUUGAGACUUUUUUAAUGUGUUUCAUUACGUAAAUUUAUUAUAUGAUUUUUAUGUGAGAACAGAAUCAACCGUUUAGCCUUUUUCUUUCCUACUGUACUGCUUUUUUCUUUUUUUUAUAAGGGGAAGUGAUCUUUUCCUGCAACGACUAUAAUCUCAUAAAAAUAGAUUUGAUCAGGA